GCCCGGCGGUUUCAGAGCUUCGCCCGGGACGACGAACCGCAGACGACCGUACGCAAAACUCGGUCGUUAGUUAGCCGUAGCUUUCAGAAGAUCGCAACGGGGAAAAAGAGGGUCAGAGUCCACGCGUCGAGACCCCCCCUGUAUUCUUUUUGGUAACAUUUCGUCGACCCGCGUGUUUCUAGUUACGAUCUAAAUUACGGAUAAACGUGGAGAAACACGUUGAACAAGACGUCGCGAAUACAACGUCGUAUCGUCGGUGCGUAAACGGUUCAUUGGAAGAUAAUAUGUGAUCAGUGCGAAGUCGGAUAAACCGUGAUAAAAGCAUUCUGUGCGCAAUAAGGAAAAAGAAGAAAAAGUCAUCGGGAUAGUGUGUCAAGUUACUAUGCACGAGGUCUGGUAGCGUCUGGUGCCGAGAAGAAGAGGAUGAACAGAGUGACGACAGAAGGCUAGGAAGUGAGAGAGAGGGAGGGAGGGUGCACCGAGGGAUCUGGUCUGUUUUGAGAUGUCAGUGGACCCGCCGAAGGCGAUCGCGUCGUCGUUUUCGUCGUCGUCACCAUGAGGAGGUCUUCCUACGUGAAUUACUACGUCUUGUGCCUCGUGUGCUGGAUUCUGCUCAGAAUCACCGGAGUAAGCACAAGAUCCCAUUCGUUGGUGAAAAGGUUCGACGGGAUCUACACGGGGCCGUAUUUCGAUUCAAACACCCCCACGAACAUCACAGCUGAGCUGGGAAGUCAUGCCUACUUGCCGUGCAAAGUGCGACAGCUUGGUAAUAAAUCGGUGUCGUGGAUCAGAAGAAGGGACUCGCAUAUCCUCUCGGUAGAUAGAACCAUGUUCAUCCCAGACGAAAGGUUCCAGGCGCUAUUCGUGAACGCGUCGGAUACAUGGACGCUACAAGUGAAAUACGUGCAGGCACGCGACGAAGGCGAGUACGAGUGCCAAAUCUCGACCGACCCGAAGAAGAGUCACAUCAUCAAGCUGAACAUCGUCGUGCCAAAGAUCGAGAUCAUGGGUGAUCGCGACAUGUACGUGAAAACCGGAAGCACAGUGGCGAUACGAUGCGUGAUCAAGCAGUCGGUGGAAGGUCCGUUCUAUGUUUUCUGGUAUCACGAGGGUGAUCGGAUCCUGGACUAUCAAUUGAACAAGAUUGACAUUCAGACAAAGAGGAUUGAAGACAACACGGUCAGCAAUCUGGUGAUCCAUAAAGCAAGGAUGGAAGACUCGGGCAAUUACACCUGCAGCCCAAGCAGCUUAGAUAGCGCUAGCGUGCAGCUUCACGUGUUAAACGGCGAGCAUCCUGCCGCGAUUCAGAGAGGGAUCAGCUCGGCAGCGGGUGGAUGUCCGACGCUUUGGUGGCUGGCGGGCGUCGUGACUCUCUAUUCGAGUCACGGCAGCCGACUGUUCAUUCUCGUCCUUUUGAUCCUGAUGGUCCUUUAUUCGAAGAAUCCAUCUUACUUCGCGCCGGAACGAUAAUCAGAAACCGGGCAGAGGACCAUGUCGGAAGAUGAUCGAUUAUCUCCUGCUCUACAAGACCCGGAAGAUACCUCGAGGAAGACGAGAGGAGAAUGCGCACGUGGAUGGCUUCUUUGAAAAGGUUUCGUGGCUCGUACGACGCGAUGGGAAGAGUGAGGGAAAGGGUAAUGAUCGAAGAACCGCGAGGAGAGAAAUUGAGACGAAUUGGAUGACGCUGUCCCGUCAAUGAGUUACCGUGUAUCGUUUUAUUUUCGAAGAACGCGGAAGAAGUGUUGAAAUUUUCGAUCGAUCGCUACACGAGUUGGAUCUUGUUCUCGUUCAUUUUGUAUAAAUACGAUUUUACGCGAUUCCUAGUUGAUUACUUCCCGAACGAGUAUUCUGGGUCAACCGCAAACCUACACGAAGGGGGAUGAAAGCUUCACAACGAAGGAUCGGGUCCGCUUUUUGAACGAUUCGAUCACGACGGAACCGCCUCGGGAAUGGAAUUUUCUCCGUACAUGGGGAAAAUUCGAGAAUAAGAAGGGGAUAGGAUGCAAGAGUGUGCGAUCCGAUCGUUAAUCAUUAGGGGCUAAUUAAUCUUAAAGAGAGCACAAGUUCUUCGCGCAAAUAAGAACGCUUAAACGAAUGUGCGCGGUUCAAUUUGUUUCAACGACACUGUUCAAUCACUAAAAUCGAAAGCAAUCUGAACAGUCAGACAUUUCGCUUAGAUUGCAUAAUUUGCUAAGAAUUUGAUCGAAUCGACUCUAUUCCUAAAGCAACUUGAACGUGCAAAUUCGAGCUCAAUCGUUAAGAAGAAUAAAUGAUGCGAAGCUCGCGCACACUCUUCCUCUCCUUAAAAAUCGAAACGUGACGAAAUCCUUUUUGUAGGAGUUAUACACAGAAUCUCCCGGAGCGUAUCUCGAACGUUCGCGAUAUAGAAUCUUUUGUACCCUCAUGAUGCGAUUCCAUUAUUCUAAAUCAUUCCGCAAACAGCGAAAACAUCACAAUUCUAUCACUGUACAUAACUUGGAAACGCAAUCGGGAAAAAGAGUCACGUGAACAAUCGGUACAUUACUGUCCAAGCAUGGGGAACCGAGACGAAGCCUCGAGACGAGUUCUCCCCACCUUUUUUAUUCGUUGUUCAUUGUUGCUGCCGAGUGUUUCGCGAUCUUCGUGUCUUUCUCGCGGGAAGCCAAACCAAGUUGCGAAGACUUCGUGAUCGAUCGCGAGAUUCUGUCGAGGACAUCGGGAAGGUUUCGUGGUUUCUUUCGCAUCGAGAUUAACUCGAUGACGUGCGCGUGACACUCUGAAGAGAACGGACUCGGGAGUGGAUCGAGGGUACUUUAACCCUUUAGUGGUUGCGAUAUUAAUGUGCAUGGUGAGUCGUAUCUGUGAGGUACUUAUAUGCAAUGUAAAAGUAAUAUUUACAUAUUCUUCUGUAUUUAUUUCAAUUAUGUAGCGUUUGUUUAUUUUACAAUGUAUAUAUAUAUGCUGAUCAAUUGCAUCUAAAUGUAUCAAAUUUUCUAAUAUUUUACAUAACAAAAAUUAAGGAAAUCUGACAAAAAGAACACUUUAACGAGAAAUUUGAAUACAUGUAAGUUAUUUUAAAUUCUUCUCUUAAUUCCAAACAAACCAAAAUAUAAAAGAAAUUAAAACCAUAUGAAGCACAUUUUCACAAAAACGAUAAGUAGUAAAUUAUAUAAAUUAUUAAGUGCAAUAUUAUGUAAAAUGUUUUCUUUACACGCCUCACAGAUAACUCAAAUAAAUAAGAGAUAGCUGUAUGAAAUGGUAACCGUAUAAUACCGGCAGAAUUUCGUCCGCGCUGCUCAAUAGAAUUGAAACUUGUUCGAUGAGAUUUUUGAAAAAUAUGUGAUUAAUUAUAUUCUCGACUAGGAUGGCGAUUAGCGAAAUGUGUCUAUACUCGACCGUCUACCUCUGCUGUCAGAGUCGGGCAACGAAUAAAACCUCGUACAAAUACAGCUUCAAUAUUAUUUAAACGAAGAAUUAUACAAACGAGUGUGAUCUGAAUAACUUCGUGGGUAACAAACAAUUGUUUUGCGUCGAGGUUUUUAUUCACUGUGUUUAUUCGUUAUUCGAAUAUUUGCCCACCUCUGUCGCGUUCACUCGGGAUUGUCUCGAAAAAUAGGAUACAUCUCGACGAUCGCCUAUGUUAGACGAUCUGUCGAAAUGAUCCAACGGCAUCAGGUACAUACGUAUGCGUAAAUAAAUAACGAAUGGUUUUCUCGUCUCUUUCCCUAAUCUCUUGUCUUAGCUACGUGCCACGGCGAGCAAUUAAAAACUUUAUAAAAAAUGAAGUUGAUAUAUGAAUUUUUCAAGGUAUAUCAUGACUGCCAAAUAACAACCAGGAUUGAAUAAGAAUAUCGCAAGGGGAUAAGAGUUGGAGUGUGAGAUUAUUAAAUCAUAGCCAGAUUAGUUUAUUUGUUUUUUAAGGUGUUAAGAAGUAUUGGAAGAUUUAAUUUGAUUAAAAUAUAUAAAGAUUGAGGAUCAAACAAGUUCUAUUGUUUGAUUUAAAAGAUUUUAAUAUUACCAACUUUACUAUAACUUUAUAUGUAUAAUAUUACUAGUUUAUUAUUGAAAGAGGUGAAGAUCAUUUUUGUCACAAAAUCAUAUUUAUAUAUCGUACAACGAGAUUGACUAUUAUCGCGUAUACCAUUUUAUUACAGUUCCUGUAUAUUUUUGUACGAUCUCAAAUCUAAACUCGCGUUAAGAUAACUGCAACUUCGUCAUCUAAAAUUAAUCAAUUCUGCCAUAUAUACAAUGUCACUGCCUAUACAUGUACAUGUAUUAUUCAAACGUAUUCUACUUCCAAAUACGUUCUACGUGAUUAAUUUCUGUCUGUUAAUAAUCGCAUUCGUUAUAAAAUAUAUAAAGGACAUAUAAAAAAAACGUACCGAUUGCUCGAGACGAUCCAUAGUGUUCGAUUUUGGUAAUUAAAACGCAUUGAGUAUAAACACGAGCCAAUUUAAAAAAAAAAACAUGUUACAUGUCCAUGCAUGCGUAUCAUGCCUUCUAACGGAACGGGUCAUAUAAAAAGCAUGAAACUAGUAUUUACUAUUAAAUAAUCUGCAGACGAUUUAACAAAGAAGUUCGCUAACAUCAGGAACGUCAUUUUAAUAAAUUCGAACUUCAUGAGUCCAUGAAAAAAGUAAACCAUUGUCGAUUGACGUAGUUAAUUAAAAAAUACAAUAAACUGUGUCGUCUUUCAUGAAUAUUGACCAUUAUGAUAAUAAAUACUUGUGCGAUUAUAUGAAACUCGACCAUAUAAAAGAUAUUUUAAGUAAAUUGCACAUUAUUAUAUUUUCUAAGUCUUAAAAGCAUAUAUUUUAUGUUAUUCUCCAAAUACGUUAAAAAAGUUUGAUUUUGUGUAUCUACGAUCUACUGAAAGAGCAGCACAAAUUUAUUUAAGAAACGACAGAUGAUUGCAAUCGAUUCGAACCUAAUCCGUUCCUGACGUUCGAUUCGUCUGUGGCGCUCCUCAUAUUUCUUUUUCUCUCGCACGUAUUAGAAAAUACUGUUUUUUAUAUUAUAUAUGUAUAAACGAACAGAUAUAUAUAUAUAUAUGUAUAUGUAUAUUUGUGUACGCGCGCGAAUACGUUGCACAACAAUGUUAAAAUAUUGAACAAGUUUCAGCUCGGUAAAGAGCGGCGUCAAAUGAUAACAAAAGAAACGAUCAACGAGAGGGUAGAAACGACGAGGUUGUAAAACUAAGGGCUGUACGCGGUAUGCAGGGGUAAUAAUUAUGGAGAAAGUGAAACUGAGACCGGUUAAGGUGAGUGGUGACAAGAAGAAAAUAAUGAAAUCGUGAAUGGAGAAAAGGAAAGGAGAUCAGUCAAACGA